AUGAAAUUUGUCACCAUACUAUUCAUGAUAACUGCUCUAUUCAGCAGUCAAACCAACGGUCGUUUCAUACUCGACGAUGAUUAUCAACGAAGAUCAAACGACGAUUCUGAACAGUGGCUGUCACUAUCAUCGUCACUUUCGAAACGACAAUCCUCAGCCGGUUCUCUAUUCAUGGUAUUUAUAAUGUUCGACAUCGAUAGCGAUUUACAAGAUCAAUUUACUGAAAUUGUCAAUCGAUUGAGUGAAGAAGAACGUAAACCUUUAUUUGACGCGAUGGGAAUCAACAUAGUAAUGGCAACAGUACCGGUAUGUCCAGAAGUAGGCAAUCAAAAAAUUUUUGGUAGUGACGAUCAAGAAAGUGGAAUGCAAAUUAUGAAAAUUCUUUUUGAUUUGGAAGUUAAAAACGUUACCAAAAAAUUCAGUACAAAUGAUCGAAAUGUAGUUAAUAAUGUAUUUGAACAGAUGAGAACAAAACAAAAUGCAGCAAAGGCAUGUGAAUUCAUGUUCUUUUGA